GGCACGACGAGGCUUCACCGCAACCACCCCGCAACGACACGUCCGACAGCGGUUUAGCAGACCUCCUACGGGACCUGUCCCUGACGCCACCCCCCCUGCUGGAGAGCACCUCCGGCGAUCCGAUCGCCGCGCCGCCCGGACACCCGGACCCGGCCUCGCAAGAACUGCGGCAAAUCUCGCGGCAGCGUUCGAGUGAUGACCCGGAUGCGACCGAGAGGCGGCAGUCCAGACGGAUCUCUUUAGGUGACAAUGGGCUGCCCUUUGAACUCACCAACAACGAGUUCGUGACGGCGAUGCGGCACUACUACUCUUCCAACAACUUGGGAGGAAGUUGGGCCUUGAAUGCAGAGGACAUCAAGAACCUGCAGGACCAUUCGCAAUGCGUGGACUGGGGUCAGGAGAAGAAUAUUCAGAAGCUGAAGGACGUGCGGAAGGUGGUCCGCAGCAUCUUCUGGGGCUUCGAGGACAUCGCCGACGCCCACUUCACCGCCGACACGGCGCCGGUGCUGGUGGUCUCGGAGGACCUGCGAAGUCGGGUGAAGCGGCUGGCGCAGCAGAUCGUUGAAGGGAAGGC